AUGGCAACAACAGCAGAGUCAGACCAGUCUGCUGGUCAGGAAGUCAAUUGGAAGAAAGAAGACAAAGCUUUCCAAGCGAAGCGCACCUCAGAAUACUACGAUCCAUGCCAGGAGGCAGCGAACAAAAGCAUCAGGUGUAUGAACAGAAAUGGAGGAGAUAGAGAUAUGUGCCAGGAUUAUUUCCAGUACGUUGAUCGCCCAACGCAGCCUACAAAUACCUGCCCGCUGAAUGAAGCUUUGAUCUCGCUGCUACUUGCUAGGCCGGAAGAACUGACAGUGUCCACGGAAAACAGAGCGUACCGGGAUUGUAAGAAAGAAUGGAUGGCGCGGCGAAAAGCUCAGAGCAAGUCAUGGUUCAGCUGA